CAACGUGUUAUGAUGCCAUCUCGUACCAACCUGGUUACUGGGAUGCCCAGUAGUAAAGUGAAGUACUCAAGGCUCUCCAGCACAGAUGAUGGCUACAUUGACCUCCAGUUUAAGAAAAGCCCUCCUAAGAUCCCCUAUAAGGCCAUUGCACUUGCCACCGUGCUGUUUUUGAUUGGCGCCUUCCUUAUUAUUAUAGGCUCCCUCCUGCUGGCAGGCUACAUAAGCAAAGGGGGGGCAGACCGGGCCGUUCCUGUUCUGAUCAUUGGCAUCCUGGUGUUCCUGCCAGGAUUCUACCACCUUCGAAUCGCCUACUAUGCAUCUAAAGGCUACCGGGGAUACUCCUAUGAUGACAUUCCAGACUUUGAUGAUUAG